GUUUUGGCUGAGGGUGCUGGGGAUGGGGCUGGGAACACGGUGGGCCGGGCCCUGUGUGUAGCUCAGAUAGAUCCAUGGUUGCUGCUGCUGCGUUUUCACGAGUCAUGUUUUCCUGGUACCGUCCUCCUCGGCUCGCUACGUCAGGCCAUGGCAACGCGUUGGCAGCCAUGCACGAGAGCAUGCUAUCCAGGACGUUGUCACUGCCUGACGAAGGGAGCGUGAAGGGGGAAAAAAGGGGGAGGGUGAUCGUGAAACGUAUAUACCAACGUGAAGAGUAGAAGCGCACCACGACACAUUUGCCAAGCUGGCGGACUCAGGCGACGUUGAGAUGGGCACAAGAAUCGACGCUGCGGGCAAGUGAGCUCGACGCACAAAAGAUCUCACCCCACUGCAGGCACCACAUAAUUCUUCAUGCUGGUUCGCUGGUCAGCGUGGUUCGCAGCGGCGGUUCGCGCACUGCCUACGGACGGUUCGACGACGAGGAGAGUGGGCUCAGCGGAGGACAGGCGAGGAGCGCCCUGUUCCAGAGGCUCGACCCGAGAAGAUGGAAGAUUGCGCCGGUCUUUCUGCUGCUCACAGCGGCGUUUCUCGGCUUCCUCGUCAUGUUAUACUUCGUCCAACACCCAGUAGGAAGAUAUGAAGGCCAUUCAUGUGUGUAUGUGUGUGUGUGCGUGGAUGGUUGGUGCACCCCCCCAGAUUCUGUGUUUCCUGUGUGUGCUGUGCGCGUGGCUGAUGUCGCUGGCGUGCCACGAGUUCGGCCACGCAUACACGGCGUACAGAGGAGGCGACUUGAGCGUAGAAGAAAAGGUCACUCACACACACACCACACACCACACACCACACACCACACACAUGGGGCAAAGGCACAUGGACGAACAUGUGCCUUGUGUUGCCUGUGUGUGAUGCGUGUGUGGUUUGUCAGGGGUAUUUGACGCUUGACCUGACCAAGUAUGUGGACCCGCUGAUGAGCAUACUGAUCCCCACCAUCAUUCUGGCGAUCGGCGGCAUGGCAUUACCCGGAGGGGCCGUUUACAUUCAGGUGCGCUCGGAGCACAUGCCACAUGCACACAGACACACACACGCACACACACACACACACACACACACAGAUGCAGACAAAAUCAGUCCGUCACGUGCCCAUCCUUCCCUUCCUUCUCUCUCUGUGUGUGUGUGUGGUUAUGGCAGCCGAGCUCUCUUCGGUCCAAGUCGUGGGAGACGUUUGUGAGCCUGGCGGGCCCGAUGGCCAACUUCAUCUAUGGGGCGGUCACAGCCCUGGUGUUCCAUCUGCUCCAUUGGGUGCUGCCCGUCCCCCUGGGAGGCCGAAUGGUGCUCAGCACUCUGGUCAGCUGAGCACAUUCAGGCAGAAAACACGUACGCUUGGUGCCGUGCAUGUUGGCUCUUUCGCUGUGUUGGUUGUUGUGUUGUGCACUGCAGGCACUCAUAGCGUGGUUCCAGGUAUGGAUGAAAGCAUCAAUAAGACGAGCGGCCCAUGGACUCCGAUAGUCGUGGAUAUAUGUGUCUGUGUAUGUGUGUGUGUCUGGUGUGUGUCCCUCAGGCGAUGGCGAUGUGGUUCAAUCUGAUCCCUCUGCCGCCGCUGGACGGGUGGGGCGCCCUGCGUCCGUGGCUGCAUGAGGACUGCGUCUUCAAGCGGUGGGAGCGGCACCCGUGGCACAGCAAGAGCAUGACCCUCGUGUGCAUACUCAUACUCUUCAUCGGACUCAGCAAGGUAAGUGGCCAACGCACCACAGCACACCUCUUGUUGGUUGCUGUUUGCGUUUGUUUGUCAGCUGCAUUUCGAUUGGAUCGUGAAUAUAACGACGGAGUAUGUGUAUCUGCUCCCCCAUGAAUUCACUUCUGGAGGCAAAGGGCUCUUCGAUGCCGCCAUACAUGGCGGUCGCGGAGGGUUCUAGAGAGAGACUCCGCCAGGGAGGGAGGGAGGGAUGGAGAGGGGAGUCGGUGGAGGGGCUGAUGGAGGCGAUUUUUGGUCAAGUUGUGCAAUUGCACACGUGUCAGAUCAGUAUUCAAUUAACUGAGCGGACAUUCGUGUACGUACGUGUUACCUGCCGCCCUUCCCCCUACAUGUUUCUGCCUGAGAUUCUUUCUAGACCGACACAUACCUGAUACAUCGUUGCACCUUCUUGUCCAAAGCUCUUGAUGUUUGUGUGCGGUGGAUAAAUCGAUGGCGCCAACUGUGGAAAGACAUUUUCGAUUCAAAAAGAGCAC